AUGUAUUCCUCUAAGUCAUUAUUCACAUUUUUGUUCUUUCCAUUCCUUCUUCUCUCCAUUUCUGCUCAUAGCUACACUCAUCGCGCUCGUGCUCCUUGUAAAGAAAUGGUAUUUUUCUUUCACGACAUAGUUUACAACGGGGAAAAUUAUAAAAAUGCGACUUCAGCUAUAGUCGGUGCGCCGGAAUGGGGUAAUAGGACCAUAAUGUCAAGCCCUAACAACUUUGGGGACAUGAUUGUAUUUGAUGACCCUAUUACCCUUGAUAAUAAUUUACAUUCACCUCCAAUUGGAAGGGCACAAGGGAUGUAUUUUUAUGAUCAAAAAGAUACUUUUAGUUCUUGGCUUGGUUUUUCAUUUGUGUUUAAUAAUACUGAUUAUAAAGGGAGUUUAAAUUUUGCUGGACAUGAUCCAUUGAUGAACAAGACUAGGGACAUUUCAGUAAUUGGUGGUACUGGUGAUUUUUUCAUGACUAGAGGAAUUGCAACAUUGAGUACUGAUGCAUUUGAAGGAAGUGUUUAUUUUCGACUUCGCGUUCAUGUUAAGUUAUACGAGUGUUGGAAAUUACUAUAGUUUUUGUUUGUGAUGUGGCCCUUCUCUGGACCUUCAGCAUAGCGAGAGCUUAGUGCACUGGACUGUACUUCCGAUGUUAUUCUCUUUUUCAUGUUGAUUUCUUGACUUCUCUUUGUUUUUUUUUUCUUUAUGAGUUGUAAUUUGUGUGGUUAUUGAUUUUGUUUCAUCCUUCAGUUUAAUUUCUGUA